GUUGCACUUUUUCUCCAUUUCGCAGCCGCCACAUCCGCAUCGGCAGCAAUCGCAGUGCCUCCGAGAAAACGCGGCAGACCCAAAACAAAAGUUGAAGAUGCGACGCCGAAGCCGAAGCUCCUGGACAAACUGCGGGCGGCCACCAAGAACGAGGCGAACAGCGAGCCGGCGGUGUACGCCUCCACCACUAAGGGCGGCGUCAAGCUGAUCUUCGAUGGCCACUUGUUCAAGUUCUCGUUCCGCAAGGCUGACUACUCGGUGUUCCAAUGCUGCUACCGCGAGCACGGCGAAGAGUGCAAGGUGCGGGUGGUGUGCGAUCAGAAGCGGGUGUUCCCAUACGACGGCGAGCAUAUGCACUUCAUGCAGGCCAGCGACAAGAGCUGCCUGCCCUCGCAGUUCAUGCCGGGGGAAUCGGGGGCCAUAGCCUCGAUGGACAACACCAGAGAUCGAAAGCCAAUGAUAAAAAGCAAAACUAAGUUGGACGACACCGAGCCCGAGCCCGAACCAGAACCCGAGGAGGAAGUCGAAGAGUUUGAGAUUCAGGAGAUAGACGAGCUCGAGCUGGAAGAAUCGACGGCUGGUGCCGAGGAGAAGCUCCCUGUUAAGGAGCCCGCCGCAGAGGUGGAUCCGAAUGAUUUCCGCGAGAAGAUCAAGCGGCGCCUGCAGAAGGCUUUGCAAAACAAGAAGAAGUGACACCU